CUGCUACAUCCUGGGGAGCAUCCCCGGGCCAUGGCAGGGCCCUGCUCGCACCCAGUGCGCCAAGAACAGGAUUUCAUCCUGCUUAGCUCAAGGCACGAGAGCAGCCAGGACAGGGCUGGAAGCUGCUCUGCUUUCACUCUUCCUUCCUUAAUCCGCUCUCCUCCCAGCAAGCAGCCUCCCAGCUCCAAGGGAGGCUGCCAAGCGAUGCCGCAGGCCGGGCCGGCCCCACAGCCCCGGGGACAGCGAGUCUGAGCCCCCCCCGGCCCGCAGAGCCCCCACAGCCCCGCAGCAUUGCACUCCCCAUGCCCCCCGCUCCAACGUGAUUGCACAAGGCAGCAACACCCCGAGGAGGAAACCCGCCAGCAUCCGCACUGUGGCUGUGCCCACAGCACCCCCCUCCAGGGUUAUUUAACCCCCCCCACGCACCCCAGGUGGCCCCACAGGAGGUGGCAGAGGCCCACACCGCACCAGCAUGGUCACUGCGCUGCUCAUCCUCAGCCUGGGGGGCUCCGUGCUGCUCCCGGCGCUGGGCCCAACAGGGGCCCGCGGCAGCUGGGUGAUCGGGGGGAAGGCAGCGCUGCCCCACUCCUGGCCCUUCAUCGCCUCCAUCCAGAUGGACGGGCACCACUUCUGCGGGGGCUUCCUCGUGUGGCCCAAGUGGGUGAUGACGGCGGCUCACUGCCCCAUCCCCAGGCGCAACCCCUCGGUGCGCGUGGUGCUGGGCGCCCACCGGCUGGAGCAGCCCGAGGAGUCCCAGCAGGUCUUCGGCAUCGAGGAGUCCAUCGCGCACCCGCUCUACGACCCCCGCACGGUGGACAACGACAUCCGCCUGCUCAGGCUGAACAGGUCGGCCACGCUGAACAAGUACGUGAAGCGCAUCCGCCUGCCCCCGCCGCACGUCGACCUGAAGCCCGGGACCGUCUGCCUGGUGCUGGGCUGGGGGGACACCUCCAACUACGGCGAGCACCCCGAGCAGCUGAUGGAGACCGACACCGCCAUCGUCAAGCGCAGCCUGUGCCGGACGCUGUGGCGAGGCCGCGUCUCGGCCAACAUGCUGUGCGGGGCCAGCCGCAACGCCACGCUGAGGGGCGUCUGCGCGGGUGACUCUGGGGGACCUCUGAUCUUCAAGAGGAAGGUUUACGGCAUCGUCUCCUUCUCCGGGGAGAGAUGCGGGGACCGCCGGUACCCUGACAUUUACACCAAGCUCUCCAACUACAUCGACUGGGUGCACCUCAUUGUGCUCAAGCACCGCCACCCCGAGGGGCAGCAGAAGCACAAGCCAGGUCCGGGGGCAGCGAAGGGUCCUGGAGCAGGCAGACUGUGGGGGCCAGCAGGGGGGCCGAGGCAUCGCAGUGGUCCGGCAGCUCCCAGGAGUGCAGGGAAGGGCUGGGACUCCUGGGCCCCCCUCCAGCUCCAGGGGCUUUGAUGGGGAUGGGAACUGACAGCGAGGGCUCACAGCUCCUGCCUCAGUUUCCCCACGUGCUCCAAGGCAAUGCAGGAGACUGAUUUUGACUGUUAGUGAGGAGCCAAGCAUCCCCCUCCUGCCCCCUCCCGGCUUGUACAAAGAGUCCCAGCACCUUGCUUCCCCUCUCGCAGCAGCAGCAUUCUCUUCCCUCAAUAAAACCUUCCCA